AUGACUAUGCAGCAUCUUGUUAUCGCCUCUCACUAUAUAUGAUGAACCUUACUGCUGCUAAUCUCUUUUCCGCAAAUAUCUUCAUGCUUAGAAGCUAUAAUUGUCUAUACAGACAUAAAUAGCCUAAACUCUGGAAACUUUAACCAGUCUUCCAUUCUUGAGAUAACUCAUUCUUUAGCAUAUUUAGUUGAUUGGCACAAAUGCAGUAUUUCAGAAAUUCAAAUUUGCCUUGAAAAUUUCCCUAAUAGCCUUAUUUUGCUUGAUUUAUCAAAUGAUAUAGAAGAUCAAUGGGCAAUUUCACGGGUAUGUAUCAGUUAUUCAAUUAUCCAUCUUGUUUAUCAAAGCAAACUUAAAUUUGAAGAUGAAUGAACUUAUUCAGUGGUGCCUUCAUCUAAUGAGCAAAUCGAAGCUUUAUUAAGUGUCAGUAGCUAUUUAAAUUGGACUCAAGGGACUGUUUUUACAAGUAUGGAGAAUUAUGGAAUGAAAGAAAAAUUUUUUGAUCAUUCAAACGGAUUUAAUUUCUUGUCUGUGGAAUCUAAGUCAAAUAUUAGUGAGCUUGUAAAAAGAACUGUUUUUAGAAUGGGUUCUACUCUUUAUUAUGUACUUUGUGGAUUGCCAGAGUCAUUGAAAUUGCAAAAUUUAUUAUAUAGUUCACAAUUAUUAGAAGCUGGGAAUGGAAUUAUGUUUAAUCAAGAAAGUGGGUAUGACUGCAUAACUGAAGGGGCUUUAAUCGUUACCGAUUUUGGAUAUGAAUUUGUAAAUUCUCCUGAAGAAUAUUUUAAAAACUCAGUUAUAAAACUUAUGUCAGAUAUGCUAAAUGAGAUUUCAAAUGAUAUUUCUCAUGAACUUGUACCACUACUGAAAAAUACACUCAAAAACCUUUUAAGUGAAAGAAAAUUUUCAUUAGUUAGUAUCCAGAAUGGAGAAAGAGUUAUUGUUGGGUCGAUUAUAAAAGGAAAUUUAGUGAUAUUUGGCAAUAUAACAUUUCCAGGUGAUACAUCUAUUAUUCCAAAAUCAACCAAAAAAGUUUUACAUUUGAGUAUAUGCGCGGGCGCAACAAAUCCUGGGUCUUCACCAAGUUUAACUCAAAAACUUGGUGCAAUGGGCUCUUAUGUUGCUAUAGACAAAAUUAAUGAGAGCAAUGAUAUUUUAUCCAAUUUUCAGAUCGAAAUGUUUAAUUAUGAUUGUGGAGUCACAAUCUUUGAUUCUACAUUCGCAAAAGCUUGCUUUACAGACAACAUUGGAAAACUUGGACUUACCCAUCUUUCCUCAUAUGGAUCUGUUGUAACCAAAGGUACAAUUCAAAUUUUCAACCAAUUAAACAUAAGUCUUCCAGUAAUUGGAAGCGCUAAUUCUGACUCAGCCUUGGGCUCAUCUACAAAUUUUCCUAUGUAUGUCAGAGUUGUUAAUUCAAACCUCUUAAGCCAAUCAAUAGUUUGUUUAAAAAUAAUGGGGUGGAUAAAAGCUGCAAUUUUAUAUGAAAAUAGCUCAUGAGGAAUAUCAAGUUAUAGCUCAAUGGUGGCUGCAGCAAAAAGUGUGCAAAUUGAAAUAAUAAACCAAGAAAACUUAAGAGUGAUACCUCCAGGAUUAAAUAGGACAGCACUUAGAAGUUAUAAAGACCAGAUUGAAGCUGUAAUUGAUUCGCAUGCAAGGCUGCUAAUAAUGCUUAUUCAAUGUCCAUAUUGCAAUUAUGUAGCUGAAUACUUCUAUGAUUUAGGGCUAAGGAAAGGAGAUAUCUUAAUUUAUGGAAACCCUGAUAUUUUAACUUAUUUAUCAAUAAACGACACAGCUUUAUACAAACGGUCAGAAAUUGGAAGCUCAGCUUUUGCUUUCGGCUUUUCACAAUGAAUAGGGAAACUUGGGCAAGAUAUAGCAAACCGAAUUUUAUCAAAAUUUAGCACCCCUCCUAAUUCUUUUAGCUGCCAAUAUUAUGACGCUAUUUAUCUAGCUGCAAAUGCAUUGGAUUAUAUGAUUGAUAGAGGGCAAGAUUAUAAAAAUUCAAAUAAACUAAUGGCAGUGAUAAGAGAAACCCAGUUCAGUGGCUGCACAGGUAAAGUCAGUAUAAGUAAAGGUAGCAACGACAGAAUAUUUGACGUAAUAGUAAUUAAAGCACUCAAAAUGAGUAAAGAUGGGAACUCAACAUCAUAUUUAGUUGGCGAAUACAUGCCAUAUAGUACAAAUUUGUGAACUGUAGUAAAUCCUAUGGUUUAUGCUGAUGGAUCAAUUAUUAAACCAUCUGACUUAAGAGACGAAAAUGGAACAUGUCCUUUUCCAUCUAAAGACGUAAGAACUUUUGCUAAAGGAAGAGCAAUUUUAUUUGCUAUUUGCUUUACAGUUGCUUUAAUUACUGCAGUAAUUACUUUUAUUAUAUGGAAAAAAUGAUGGAACAUAAACGUAGAAGAGCUUAAAGAUAAACAAGAAAUUUCUCCGCAGGAUUUUAUUGUAGGAGCUACUAUUCUGAUAGAGUUUUUCCAGCUAGCCUCAAUGGGACCAGAUUUUUCGGUGAUAAGCCCACUUUUAUAUGAAGCCAGCAAUUUUUUAUCAUUGGAUUUGGGAAGUAUAAUUGAGAUGAAAAAUGGGAUAUUUUGGAUUGUUGUUGAUGGUGUUUAUGCAGGAAUCUUUGCAUGAAAUAUUUUGUGUGUAGUUGUCCUGUUUAGACUUGAUGAAAAAUGGAAAAGAAUUGAAUUUUUUAGAUUCUUGGCUUGGCUAGCAGAUUAUUUAAUGCCGAUUUUAGGAAAUCUUUGUUUUAUUCCUUUUGUUUCAAUUUGCCUUGAUAUAUUUCUAUGUGACCAAUCAAUUGGUGACAGCUUUACAGAUAGUUUUUUAGCUAAAGACUGCUAUUAUUUUUGUUGAAAAGGAUCUCAUUUAAUUUAUGCAAUUUUAUCAUGUUUUGCAUUAUUAUCAUAUGAACCUCUUGCUGUUUUUUGUCGACCUCUUUGGCAAGAACUACAACCAAUGCUCCAUGUUAAAGCGUUUCCGCUAUUUUUAAUGGUAAAAGCAGUUUUUCAAACGGCCUUUAUAGUGUUGAAUAAAACAAUCAAAAGAGUAUCUGAUAUUGGCCAUGGAAUCAUAUUUAUUUUUAUUAUGAUCAUUUAUAUAGCAUUUAUUUUUAAGUUCAAAUCUUAUAAUUAUGCAAGAUUUAGCUUAUGACAAGAAUUAGGCUUGAUCGGAGUUACAUGACUUGCAAUUUUGUCUGUAAUUGGAUUAGAAAUUUCUAAUUAUUUAUACUCAACAAUAUCAAUUAUUUUUUUAUUUGUUGGCUGACUUUUUAUAAUCUUCCUAGGAUUAUUUAUUCAGUAUAAAAAAUACCCUAGUCUGCUAUAUAGACCAAAAAGUAGAGAUACAACUAAUUUAUUUAAAUUUGCUUUUACAUUCGGAAAGGGAUCAAAGAGUUCGCUAAUGAAAUUCAACGAACGAAAAUCUAAAAUUGUUCCUGCUGAAUCCGGGGAUUAA